AUGGUGACGGACCAACAGGCUGAGGCCAGGUCCUACCUCAGCGAGGAGAUGAUCGCUGAGUUCAAGGCUGCCUUUGACAUGUUUGAUGCUGAUGGUGGUGGGGACAUCAGCGUUAAAGAGCUGGGCACCGUGAUGAGGAUGCUAGGGCAGACACCCACCAAAGAAGAACUGGAUGCCAUCAUUGAGGAGGUGGAUGAGGAUGGCAGCGGUACCAUCGACUUUGAGGAGUUCUUGGUCAUGAUGGUGCGCCAGAUGAAAGAGGAUGCGAAAGGGAAGAGCGAAGAAGAGCUGGCAGAGUGUUUCCGCAUCUUUGACAGGAACGCAGACGGCUACAUUGAUGCUGAGGAGCUGGCUGAGAUUUUCCGGGCUUCUGGGGAGCACGUGACAGAUGAGGAGAUCGAAUCCCUGAUGAAGGACGGAGAUAAGAACAACGAUGGCCGCAUUGACUUCGACGAGUUCCUGAAGAUGAUGGAGGGCGUUCAGUAAGGAGCCGGCCUUCGCUUCCACCCAGAUCGCAGGUCCCCUGGU